AUGCACCCAACAGGGUCAGUGGACAGUAGCUUCUCCCGCUCUGCUGUACAGACCCUCUCCCGGAGCCACUGCCGCAACAUCAAACAGAAGAUCUCCCAGUGGGAGGGGAGGACACGAGGGUGCUCCAGCAAGGAGAAACAGCAGCUGAAGGACUUCGGAGUAAAGUAUGAUCCCAGCUGCAAUGCUCUACCCAAAGUGAAGCCAGAAUAUACAGCGAACGGCAGAAAAACUGGGUCCAAAGAUCCAAAGAGCCUGGGUUUGGACUUCAGGGAAGAUGCAUGGAGCUGCUUGCAGACUGAUGACUGUGGUGACCUCAAGCCCUGUGCAUGCAGCCUAGCUUCCCAAGCCAAGGAGAAAGCAGAGUGGCAAGCAGGCUUCCUGGACCCAGGGGCGACACUGCCCCCAGGGAACUUCUAUACCUCACAAGCUCUGUGGAGGAGAGUAGAUACCCUUCUGCCUGGCAAAGCCCCACCAGUUCCCUUGGAUCUUCAGAGAAAGCGAGGGAGCUGUGGCUCCACGGAAAGAGAACUUAAAAUCAAAGGAGUGGGCUCUCUCUGCAGGGCAGAGAGGAGCUUGAAAAACAUUUACUCUGAGGCUGAGGGGCAAGAGGAGGAGCCAGCUGCUGUCCCACCACCCAAGCCCCGUAGGACUUUCUGCUAUCUUGCAGAAAAGGGUGCUAGUAGCUGUAGCGAUGCCAGGCCUACCAGGGAAGUUCCCCUGCAAAAGCAGCAUGGAGGAGACUUGGUGUCAUCCUCCCACAAUCCUGAGAAGAGAAUAGCCAGCAGGAGGAUCAGAGGGAGAACCCAGAGGAAAUCUUUUGAGUUUGAGGACAUCCAGGGCUUCCGCAACCGGAUGGCAACCACCAGUUCCCACAGACUUCGAGAAGAGACAAAUGGCACUACAGGAUCCAGGCUCGUCUACACACAGUCAGAAGACAACAUCUACGAGGACAUUAUCUGUCCUGCAAAAGAGAACCCCUACGAAGAUAUCAGAGCGCUGCCCUUACCCCUGUGGAAGGUCCCAUCUGUCUGGAAGCUGCCACCCCCCCGGAGCACCAGUAGGGCUCCCAAGCCUCCCCCAAAACCUCCCUUCCUCAGUCGCAAAACUCUUGAGCUAAAGCCCUCCCAGACAAGUUUCCAAGGGAAAAUGGUGAAGGAUGCAACCCUGCCUGUCACACUGACAGAGUGGAAGCUGUUCCGAGCAGUAGAGGCUGCUAGCAGGAGAAAGAACUUGCCCUGGCUGGUACUAAAAAUACAGGAGAUCUUUGAUUCUAAGCGUGGAAAGAAGAGGGUGAAGUUGCUCAGUCCUGCUGGGAGAGAAGCGCCUCCAGUGAAAGGUGAAACCAGUGGGAAUGAAAGUGAUACGGAAAAUCAGCCAAAAAGUCGACACAGGUGCCUGCUGCAGGUGCAGUCAGCCUCCAAGAGGAACCCACGCUACCAGACUUUGGAGAGGGAUUUGAUAGAGCUUCAGGAGCAGUGGCUAUUUGAGCUGUUUGUGGUGGUGUCGCUGCACAAGAAGGCAUCUGAGGUGACGUACACACCACAGAUCGUACAGCAGUUUCCCAGCAAGCCUGAACAUCCCUUCAGACAGUCAAAGGAUACUGAGGAGAGGCUAAAGGUCAUUCCCAAAUUCUGCUUUCCAGAUCCCAAAGACUGGUUUCCUGCAUCAGACCUUAAAAGUGAAACAUUUUCUUUUGUGUUGACGGAUGAGGAUGGCGGACGCUGGUUUGGGUACUGCAAGAAGCUCCUGCCAGAAGGGAAAGGGAAGCGCCUUCCUGAAGUAUACUGCAUCGUUAGCCGCCUGGGCUGCUUCAACCUCUUCUCCAAGAUUUUAGAUGAAGUGGAGAAGAGGCGAGAGAUGUCCCCAGCCCUAGUACACCCGUUUAUGCGCAGUGUAAUGGAGGCGCCUUUCCCUGCUCCUGGACGCACGAUUACUGUGAGGAGUUUCCUGCCAGGAGCAGGAAAUGAGGUGAUGGAACUCUGCCGUCCGUUGGAUUCUCGACUCGAACACGUUGACUUCGAAUGCCUGUUUAAGUGCCUAAGUGUCUCUCACGUGAUUCGGGUCUUUGCCUCUCUCCUGCUGGAAAGGAGGGUGAUCUUUGUUGCUGACAACUUAAGCACUCUGUCUAAAUGUGGCCAUGCCGCAGUUGCAACGCUUUAUCCCUUCACUUGGCAGCACACCUACAUACCAGUCCUACCAACUUCUAUGAUUGAUAUUGUGUGCUCUCCGACCCCAUUCUUAAUUGGCAUUCUCUCCUGCUCGUUACCACAGCUCCAGGACCUGCCCAUAGAAGAGGUUCUGAUUGUUGAUCUUUGUGCUGACAAGUUCUUGCAAGAGGUAUCAGAUGAAGAUGAGAUCCUGCCUCAUAAACUCCAGGCUGCACUUGUACAAAUCUUGGAAGAACGAAGUGAAAUCUUGUCACAUGAGCAGAGUGACACACAAGGUGACAUACCUCUUAACUCCCUGGUCUCUGAAGCUUUUGUGCAGUUCUUUGUGGAGAUCGUUGGACACUACUCCCUGCACAUGAAUGUCACAGAAAAAGGGGAGCGGGUGUUUCAGCGGGAACUGUUCCGUAAAUCUCACGUGUCACGCAAUGUGCGUCAUUUCUUGCACUUCUUCAUGGAAACGCAGAUGUUUGCAGGGUUCAUACAGGAUCGAGAGCUACGUAAGAAUGUGGUCAAAGGCCUGUUUGAGGUCCGUGCCUUGGAGUAUUUGGAGAGUAUUCCAGAGACGGAACCAACUGGAAUGAACAAAAUCCUUCGCAGUCUUGGCAGUAAAAUGAAAUUUCUUCAGAAGAAAUGA